GGUCCUCAUCUCACUGAUCGCUCAUAGAAGAUCGUGCUGUGUGUGUACACCACCGAUCAGGAGAUCUCAGCACAGGAGGUGUGUGCUCUGCUCGGUCACUCGUCUCCUUCCACGUCUCUCCUCUGUCAGGAUAUCCGCGGAUGUACCCGGAAGAGGAGAGCACCGAGCAGACAUGGCGGACAGCGACCCUCCCCCCUCCAUCCCGGUCCCCGCACAGGACAGGUUACUUAAACUGAAAGAAUUGUUCAUCUCUAAAUAUGGCACUGCGCCAUUCUUCUAUGCACGUGCACCAGGACGGGUAAACCUGAUAGGGGAACAUAUCGACUAUUGCGGUUAUGCAGUUCUUCCCAUGGCUAUUGAACAAGAUAUUUUAACUGCUUUUCAAUCUGUUGACUCUCAGGUGCUGCACUUGUCCAAUACAAACCCAGCUUAUCUGGACGUUUCUGUGGCGUUUCAGGAUAUACAGAUUGAUAAGACUAAACCUUUGUGGCAUAAUUACUUUCUUUGUGGACUAAAAGGAAUCCAGGACCACUUCAAUCUGAACAGCCCAGCAGGAAUGAAUUGUUUGGUGGAUGGAACCAUUCCAGCAAGUUCUGGUUUAUCAAGCUCAAGUGCUUUGGUGUGUUGCGCAGGGCUUGCUACUCUUGUUGCAAAUGAGAAGAAUCUGUCAAAGGUGGAGCUCGCCGAAACCUGUGCAAAAUGUGAACGUUACAUUGGCACAGAAGGUGGAGGAAUGGACCAGUCAAUCUCAUUUCUGGCAGAGGAGGGAACUGCCAAGCUGAUAGAGUUUAACCCUAUAAGAGCUACUGAUGUGAAACUUCCCUUUGGAGCUGUGUUUGUUAUUGCGAAUAGCUGUGUUGAAAUGAAUAAAGCAGCAACAGCUCAUUUCAAUAUAAGAGUUGUGGAGUGUCGUCUGGCUACCAAGAUUCUUGCAAAGUCCAAAGGGCUGGACUGGAAAAGCUUGGUGAAGUUAGGAGAUCUCCAGAACAGACUGGAUGCUAGCUUGGAAGAUAUGCAGGCUUUGGUCGAGGAAGUUAUUCAUCCUGAACCAUACACAAGAGAAGAAAUUUGCCAAUCUUUAGGAAUAAGUUUACAGGAGCUCCGUAGUACCAUUUUAAGCCAAAACACCCAGGAUGUUUCCACCUUUAAGCUGUACCAACGAGCGAAGCAUGUGUACAGUGAGGCAUCCAGAGUUCUAGCCUUCAAGAAGGUUUGUGAUGAGGCACCUGCCAAUGCUGUUCAGCUGCUGGGAGCCCUUAUGAACCAGAGCCAUGUGAGCUGCAGAGAUUUGUAUGAGUGCAGCUGCACUGAACUAGAUCAGCUGGUGGACAUCUGUCUGAACUCUGGUGCUGUUGGGUCUCGACUGACCGGGGCUGGAUGGGGAGGAUGUACGGUUUCUAUGGUUCCCUCAGAUAAACUGGAAGAAUUUCUGUUAAGUGUACAAGAAAAAUAUUACAAAAAAGAUGAACGCAGAUCUUCAUUACUGCAACAAAGCCUGUUUGCCACAAAACCUGGACCUGGUGCAAGAGUUCUUCUGGCGGAAAAGUGAAUGCUUUAUGGAAAGUUUUUUGUUUAAGGAAAACCAAUGACCACCCUUGAUGUAAAGCUCCUAAAAUAGUAUAAGAUUGCUAAUAGUUUUACCAUUUGAUUUAACAACCUGAUUUAAAGCAGAACUAAACCCUCCUCUCUUUUAACCAAGGAAGCUGCUAUUUUAGCCUCUGUUUAAUCUACAGAUGCCAUGGUGCUGCACAUGUGAUCAUCUAUGACACCAGCCAUUUGAUUGCCUGAUAGUUCGGUUGAGAGCAUUAAGUCACAGUGAUACUUAUCAUUCACGACAUUCCUUAAAUGUAACUGUUUGGGGAAACAGUGUAGUUGUUGGGUUUGGUUCCACUUUAAGUAUAACAUAGACCCCGAUGGAGGUUGAGCAUAGAAGCAUGAUCCAACUGUCAACAAAAAUGCAGAUUUGGUUAGAUGCAGGCAUAAAUAUGAAAGCUGACGCCACAGGAACAUCCAUGUGUUUUUCUAUGGAGUGGGGGAACAGGGGACCUAUACUGUCAACACAGUUUAUAAUCAGGACAGUUUUCAAACUAUAGUAGACUUCAAAUGGUGUUGGGAAAUAUGAUUACAGAUUUUUGUAAGUUGUUAAAUGCCAAGUAAUGCCUUCUUAGUUCAGCUUGCCAUUUUAUGGUAGUACUACAUUUAUGAUUAAAUACAUUUGUAAUAAUACUAGAGAUAAAAAUGUGCUUCUAAAAUUGUAUUUUAUUGUUUGAAGAAAUACAAUGGAAUGACAUACGUUGUUAACGGAAAGGCUUUCAAAGCAUUACUAACGUUUGUUCAGAGUCUGGCUCCGAAUCUUCAGCAUCAAGAAUAUCUUGUAUUGUCAGAUUGUCUUUCAUGAAUAAUUUGCUGGAAAAUGACAUCUUGUGCUAUUGUAGGGAAAACAAGAAAGAGUUAUUAAGGAAGCUGAUAUAUGUAUGUUGGCAAUAAUAAAUUAUUGCAAGUCAUCCAUAAAA